AUGAGACGACCUAUAUUCCAUAAACUUUCUUUAAUUUUUGGCCCUAGACCACCAUGGACUUGGCUACUUCUAUGUCUUUUUAGUGUUCUUGCACUUAUUGUUUUGCUACGUUCAUCUACUUCCACCUCCUUUGACUCUGUCACCUUCAGCAUAAAAUCAGACAUUUAUAUAAACUACAGAAGACUAAAGGAACAAGCAGCAAGUGAUUAUUUGGAGCUAAAAAGUUUAUCUUCAGGGAAUAAUAAUCUGAAGGAGAUUAGCCUUUGUGGCAGGGAAAGAGAACAUUAUGUUCCUUGUUAUAAUGUUUCUGCAAAUCUUCAACUAGGGUUUACAGAUGGUGAAGAAUUUGAUCGACAUUGUGAACUAUCACAAUACCAAGAUUACUGUUUGGUUCGCCCUCCAAGAGACUAUAAAACUCCUCUGAGUUGGCCAGUUGGCAGAGAUGUAAUAUGGAAUGCAAAUGUCAAGAUUACAAAAGACCAAUUUCUUUCUUCUGGGAGUAUGACAAAAAGGUUAAUGUUACUUGAAGAAAACCAAAUUUCUUUCCACUCAGAUGAUGGUUUGAUCUUUGAUGGAGUCAAAGAAUACUCUCACCAAGUUGCAGAAAUGAUAGGGUUAACUAGUGAUGUUGAAUUUCUUCAAGCUGGUGUACGUAAUGUACUAGAUAUUGGAUGUGGAUUUGGUAGCUUUGGGGCUCAUUUAUUAUCAUUAAAGCUCAUGGCUGUUUGUAUGGCUGCAUAUGAGUUGACUGGUAGUCAAGUUCAGUUAUCUCUAGAAAGAGGUCUUCCAGCAAUUAUUGGCAACUUCAUUUCAAGAAAACUCCCAUUUCCUUCAUUGUCAUAUGACAUGGUUCAUUGUGCACAAUGUGGUAUCCUAUGGGACAAAAAAGAUGGAAUGUUUCUUAUUGAAGUUGAUCGGAUUCUUAAGCCUGGAGGCUACUUUGUUUUACAUGGAAGUUCAUUAAGUACAAAAAAGGGAAGCAUGGAUAGCCCUAUUGAAGAAUUUACUCAAAAGAUUUGCUGGACAUUUAUAGCUCAACAAGAGGAAACUUUUAUAUGGCAGAAAGCUAAUGAUGCCCAAUGCUACUCAUCCGGCAAGCAGGGUGUGAUUCCACCAUGUAAAGAAGAACAUGACAUACAGUCAUAUUAUCAGCCACUUUCAUCUUGUAUAGGAGGGACUGAAAGCAAAAGAUGGGUUCCUAUUCAAAACAGGUCUUCAAGUUUUCAAAUAACCCCAGCUGAACUUCAAAUUCAUGGAAAAAGUCGAGCAGUAUGA